AUGAUCAUUUUUUGUUUUAUUUCUCAUUUUUCAUUUCUUUGUUUUCUUCAACCUUUCCUAUUUUUCUUCUCCUCUUUCUCUACCUUUUUAUUCCUAGUUUUCUUCUUUAUUUUUUAUUUGACAUUUUUUCUUCUUUAUUUUGUUCAUCCUUUCUUUCUUUUCUCAUUUACCUUUAACAUCAACCUCCUUCUGACCUUCUCUCUAAUUGCUUUAUCAACUGAAUCCCAUCUUCUUCAUCCGAUCCUCACCCAUUCUUCUUCUUCUUCUUGUCAUUCAUUUUCUUUUUCAUUCAUCAUUUCUUCCCUCAUCUUCUUUAUGAUGAUGAUCAUGAUCAUGAUCAUCUUCUUCUUUUUCUUUUUCUUCUUCAUCACUUCAUCAACUUCUUCGUCUUUUAUUUUAAUUUUCUUUCUUCAUAUAAUCGCUCUUCUUCUUCAUCCACUUCUUGUUGACUUUCAUUUACUUUUUCCUUCUUCCCAUUAUCAUCACCAUCUUCUUCUUCUUCUUCUUCUUUUUCUUCUACUUCUUCUUCUUCUUCUUCAUCGACUUCUUCUUGACUUUCGUUCACUUUUUCCUUCUUCAUCUAAUCCUUUUUCCUUCUUCUUCUUCAAUAAUUCUAUAACUCUCUCUCUCUUAUUCAUUCUUCUUUUGUCUCUUCCUCCUCCUCUUCAUUUCAUCCUAUCCCUCUCCCUUUGCAUUUGA